GCGCACUCGUCGACAUACUGCUGGGAUGAGACUGUUAUGAAUCUGGAAGCUCCAUAGUUAAAUCUAUAUUUAAGAGUUAUCACCAAACAUUAAACCUCCUGAUUGUCUGUAAAGAACUUCGGAGGGUCGGUUGGUCGAGGAGCCACCGCAAAAAUGAUGGAAGAAAUAGACAGAUUUCAAGUGCCCAGCGUCGUGCAAGAUGCGGAGAUGCAGGCGGAGAUGCAGCCGUUGGACCCAGCCUCCUCCACUGCCUUAGAGGCCGACUCAGACACCAGGGAGAGCGAACCUGUCACCAUCAGCUACAAGCCCUCCCCACUGCAGAUGAAAAUAGAGAAACAGAGAGAACUUGGGAGAAAGGGUUCACUGAAGAACACAAACACUGUGGGCAGUCCAGUCAACCAACAGCCCAAAAAAAACAAUGUUAUGGCCAGAACACGGUUGGUAGUGCCAAAUAAAGGAUAUUCUUCAUUAGAUCAGAGCCCAGAUGAGAAGCCUUUGGUGGCCUUAGACACAGACAGUGAUGAUGAUUUUGACAUGUCGAGAUACUCAUCAUCGGGCUACUCAUCUGCUGAACAAAUCAACCAGGAUCUCAACAUCCAGCUGCUGAAAGAUGGUUACCGUCUUGAUGAAAUCCCUGAUGACGAAGACUUAGACCUGAUCCCACCCAAAUCUGUGAACCCUACGUGCAUGUGCUGCCAAGCCACCUCCUCCACCACCUGCCACAUACAGUAACACUUACAUACACUUACAAAACACAGUCAAACAGAAAGAGUACAAAUACACUAACAUAGAAAUACAAUUACAUUUAGAGAUAGACUGAUAUCUUGGUUAGUGCAAAUAAGGCUGUCAUUUAUUUUUAUUAUACUUUUAUAAUGUAGAGCAGUGCACUGUGUAGACUGUAAUUAAGGUUAUUGUAAAUUCAUAUGAGAAAAAUUGGGAAAAAAGGUAAGAAUUGGCUCAUCAUAUCACACUGAAAUAUUGGCAGGUCGUCGUUUGCUCUGGAUUCUACAAAAUGGCAUUGGAACAGCGAUGAAAAAAAAAACAUCUUUAUUGAUCUCUAACUAGAUUACAGAAAGAAUACAUUUGGUAAUACAAUUACAACACAGUAAUAUACCGUAACACACUAACACACACAACCACAGUAAUCCUCACAUAACAUAGCUCAGUCUACAGCUGGAGGAGCCACAGCAGAAGAGAUCAGUAGAAAAUUGUAAAAAUUGUUAAGUGCUAUGAUGAUAAUGACAAUGAAAAAUAAAUAUUAAGUUAUUACAUUUGUUUAAGUAGGGCAUAAGACAGACGUAGAUACCAUAAUAUUACAUUAAUUGUAUUUGACUGGCAUUUCCUCCUAUGGCAGGACUAUAGUGUGUAAGCAAUUCUGCUGUUAUCUGGGAAUUGUAAUGUAACUGAGGCUGAAGUGAAAACAUAACUCACCCACACUAUCUUAACUUGACUUUGUUUGUCUUAAUGUAUUUUUAUUAUUUCAGUAUUUAUUUAACUUGUCAUAUGAAUUGGGACUGAUUUGAGUGUACUGAUAUGUGAGGACUUUGAUACAGGCUAAAAUGAGCAGCACAUUGUCUGCCGUUCCAUAUCAGGUUGUAAUGUAGCACUGGCUGGACCAUCACACGUUUUAUGUUUUACUUCUUUUCACCUAUUGCCUCCAGUUGUUGCUAUGGUAAGGGGUACAUAUAGGAUUGUGUGGCUGAAGAUCAAAUGGCAUGACUAAGAGAAGAGAGAAUACUUGAAUAGCACUUUGUUAGUCGGAAGUCCAUAAUUUGGUUUAAUUUUGCACAUUAUUUUUCAUAUGUUUGCACAAUUUCCGGCAAAACAAUGAUAGUACCUUAUCUGAUCUAUACUGUGUCAAAAGGAAAAGUGAACUGUUGCACAAACUAUGUCACCUAUAUGGUAAAUUAUAUCAACAAGGCCAAAGUCUACUGUUGUGUUUGCAAUAUGUUUCCCUUCCCCCCAGGUUUACCUCUUUAACAAUGAUUAUUGUGGAAGUAUGGUCUCACAAAAAAAAAAAAAAAAAAAAAAAAAAAAAAAACAUGUAUGCACAUGCAUGCACAAAGUGAUGCAAUUUCCACAUGAAGAUUCAUUUUGAUUCAGCUAUUAAACACAGCGCUGUUUUUUAA